UUCCCACCGAUCGACCCGGCCUUGUUAAAGCUGCCCUGCAUGCGGCUGCUGCAAGUUCCUGCAUGUUCCUGCACGGCAAGGCCGCUACCAUCUGGUGUCUCCGUCUCUGGCCGAACCUCACAUAUUUUUCCUGGCUCCGGCCCCGAUGCUUUCCCGCCUUUUUUUUAACCUCAACCCACCCAUGAACGGCUUGCUAAUAUGCUGCGGCGAUUAGCUUCUCUAGCCCACUUGGCUGCGGAAGACCAGCAGCCCAUGUCGCCCUCGCCCGGAGAUGAGCAGCAACCGCAGGAGACGAAGGGCACCGGAGGCUUUGCCGGCGUCUUCAAGGGACUUGCGGGCGGCGGGAAGUUGACGAAAUCCCCACCGGUCAUCCAACAGCCCUUCCCGUCCAUCUCCGGCGCUCAAUCCCUCGAUCAGCGAUCCGACGCAACCCCACCGGUGUCUGCCCUUCAUGGACUCUCCCCCGAUCAGGCCGAGUUAUUUGUACACCUGAAAAACGGACAGUUGAGCGAGCGGGUUGCUGCAGCGAACUCGUUGCGUUAUGCAAUUGCCGACUUCCCUCUCAAUCCCGUCCGCGAUAUUUGGCAUGCCGCAAAAGACCUGAUCGACCCGACAAAACCAGCCAGCGCUCGGCAGGUCGCAUGGGAACUCCUGACCGAAUGCAUCAAAUAUCCCUCCUCAACCGAGCUCGAGCGGCGUGAAUACUUCCGGACAGUGACCAGCCCGGCCCUACCCGAGGACUUCUAUCUUCAGCUCGCAGCUCUCGAGGACCUGACAAACCGGGGCCGCGAUGUCUCCGGGUUUUACUACGACAUUUUCCCGCUCCUGACCGAGUGGCUGCAGGAAGCGUACAGGGCCGCGAGAACCGCGAGGAGACAGGCCUCCCGUGGGCCCACCCGGACUUCCAGAGGGAGUACGCUGUCGACGGGCGAGGACAAGAACUUGUCCCGGCUAUUCGCGCUCCUCAAGGAUGCCAUCAAGUUCAACUUCAAAUUUGCCACGGACAGCGUGGUCGGGAACUUGAUGGCGAUUCUUCUCAAAAUAUGCAUGAACACGAGCGUGGAGGAUGACCUGAGGGCAUGUAUCAAUGUGGUUGAUACCGUGGUCACGUUUGGCGCCAUUCCGAACGACAAGCUCAAAGACUGCAUACAAAUCCUAAGCUCCAUACAUUGCCUGGUUCCCAGCUUACAGAAGGACGCCUGGCAUACCAUAUCCAUCAUUUGCAGAUCCCAUCACGGCCAGUCAACCGUCAGGAUAUUGCUCGACUUGCUGCGGACCUAUUCCACUGGCCACGACAAGGACAAGGAUAAAGACUCGUCAGUUAGAGACGUUCGCGGUGCCCUCUCGGUUCUCAAGAAGCUCUUAUUCAAGUCCGCCGAAAAGGGUUACCCGGCGGUCUCCCUGGCCCUUCUCGUCGAUGGGCUGGCAACGGUCUCCAAAAGCAGUUCUACGAGGAUAGCGACGGAGAUUUUGAAGCUCAUCAAUGCCCUAUUUGACGGGCGCGAUAACAACAUCAACACCAUACUGGUUGAGGAAAACUGGUCGCCAAUCUUCUCGGUCGCCGCGCAGUGUGCGACAAAAGUCGCCCAUCCGCCGCCACCUCCAGCGGAACCCAGCGCGUCUUCACUCUCUACAAUCGUUAAGGACGAAAGGGAGCCGGAGGAUACCGUGGCACUUCAGCUAAAAUACCUCGUCAGCCGGAUCGAAACGCUGCUUGCUCGGAAAGACUCCGAGCUCCUACAGCGAGAUGAAUGCAUGAUAUUCCUUUCUGAAAUCCAACAAGUCCUUCCAGACUCGGCUGCAGCCCUUGUGGUCGCCUACCUCAAGGAGACCCGAGCCUGUUUUCCUUCAGAGGUGGGCUGGGAGGAUAGUCUUAAGCUCGUUCUCGACGCCUUCUUUCUCAAUAGGGGUCGCGAACCCCUUACCCGACUGCGCGCCCUGGAAGUCGUCGUCGAAGUGUACGACUUUCUAUGCCUCGCCCAGGGCCUGGUGGACGAGGAUUCGGUUGCCAAACUUGUCCAGCAAGUGCUUGCAGAGCUGCCGGCGGAGAAUGACAGUCUCGUUCUCCAGGAGACGACGGCGUUCCUGGUCAAGGUGGCUGAAACGGCGCCUAUCGGCCUAUUCGACGACAUUCUGGAUGCCUUCAAAGGCGUUGUUGCCAAGGACAUGUCCAGGCCAGGGCCGUCCGUAUUGGCCCCGCACAGAGCUGGCUCAACACUCCAGCCUGGUCAGACUAUCUACUUCGCAAAUCAAAGCGUCUCCAACGUUGUCACCAGAGGUUAUGUGCAGAUUUUCAUCCAAACGAUGAAUAACAACGGGACGAAAGCUGCCAAAGCAUACACGGCACUGGUUCAUAUCGCUCGCUCGAACUCGUGCGAGAUCGACGCUCGGCUUACAGCCAUGAAGAUGCUCUUCCGGCUCCGGGCGGAUUAUGAACACCAGGUCUAUCUCACCACUCUGGUUGAAAACGAGACGCUGGCCGGAACCUUGUACAGGACUGAAGCGUCUCUCGCACGUAAAUUGGCCGAAGAUGCGGCGCAACCCUCGAGAUUAUCCAGACCAGACCACUCCGGAGGGCGGCCGGCUCGCGGUAUAUCUUUCAGCCAGGGGCAGACGGCAGAGCGAGGGAUUCCCAUACGAUCAGCGUCCACUCCGAAGCCAGCCAUGCUUCAAGGUCAGAGGCUGUGGUCCGUACCCGACCCUGACGCUCUACCUGAGUCCCCUCCCGAGAGGCCGAGUCCGCUUCUCGUGUCACAUAUACGGGACCCGAGUGGGACUGGUGCGCCUGAGAACGGGGCAGUAGUCUUAAAUAUGACUUCCUGGCUAGAGGCGCUGCUGAGCCUCUUCCACCAAGGAUGCGAUUGGGAAGUCUACAGCUUCAUCCUGAUUCAUCUCCCGGCCCAACUCAGCAACCACCCGAUCUUCAGGGAUGUCAUCCCCCAUAUUCAGGAGCUGCGACGUCUGCUUUGCGAGAUGAUCAGAACCGGCGGUUUCCUAGAGCCGCCACAUUCGUCGGGUCGCCGACGUAGCGACGUUGCGAACUGUUUGUUCCACUCGAUCAUCAUGAUCGUCAGCUACCAUCGCCAUUUCCAAAAGACGGACGAGGACGAGAUUGUGAGGACUUUUGCGCACGGGAUAUCAGACAAGACAGCAAAAACAUGCAUUCAUGCCCUCUCUGUGUGCUGUCACGAGCUGCCCAUGUCGGUGAGCAAGUCGCUCGUCUCCAUCCUCCAGAAGAUGUCGCAGGUUAUCACGCAGCCGUUGGUGGCAAUGCACAUCCUGGAGUUCUUGGCCUGCCUCAGCCGACUGCACUCGCUGUAUUCCAACUUCCGCGAGGAUGACUAUCGCAUCGUGCUUGGCAUCUGCUUCAGAUACCUACAAUACGUCCGCGAGAAGAAGCUUGCGAUGCGUGGCAGCGUCACGAGCGAACCGGCAACCCCUAGCGUUAGCAUGGCGAAUCACACGGAACCCCUUGCACACCAGACACCGGGCGACGAUCUCCCUCAGUACGUCUAUGCUCUUGCGUACCACGUCAUCACCUUCUGGUUCCUCGCCGUCAAGCUUCCGGAUCGACCGAACCAGAUUGGCUGGAUUACAAAGAACUUAUUUACCGACGUCGAUGGAAGCGCGAGCACCGAGGAGCAUGCACAGAUCACGCUCGAUUUCAUGCAGCGUGUGGCCUUCUCGGAUGCUGGCGAUUCUGCCCAAGACCCUCUUUUCAAGGAGCAAUUCUUUGGCGAGAUUCAAAAGAAGCGUUGGAUUAUCGGUAACAGCAUCCUCACGAUUCGGCAGGCAACCGAGUCGUGCUGGGCUGAAAUCACACGCCGCUAUCCUUCCGGCACGUCGUCGUAUGCACUCCGCGUCGAGUUCACCCCGACACCAAACUUGCCAGCCCCAGAUGGCUCCGAUGCUGCGGCAUGGGAAGGGCGUUUCCAGGAUGGCGUCACCAUCUUCCCGAGCCACUUGUUGAUGCAAUUGCUGGCCCCGAUGCCGCAACUUUACGACCCCCGCCAUCCGGCCUAUCCCCUUACCCGACGAAGAUUUCGUCGACCGGGCUGUCCGGGUCUUUGACCGCAAUUCGCCGGUGGACGGGCACAAAGUGGGCGUCGUGUACAUCAAGGAGGGGCAAACCAAGGAGACCGAGAUUCUGGCCAACACAACCGGCAGCCCUGAUUACCAUAAGUUUCUCA